AUGGAAAUCUUCGAAGAAACCAGCGAUGGAAGCAAUGUCCACAACGACAGUCAUUCUUCUCCAACCGGAAGCAAUGUGCCGACAAGACACCGACUGUUCAGAGUGAAGUACGCGCCUGAGGCGGUUGUCAAUUGGUACAUGAUUGCUCUUGACAAGAACACCACUCUCAAGAAAUCGGCCGUCAAGGAGGAUGCAUUAGGUCAUCUUCUGUCCAUGGGAUGGAAGAUUUACUACAUUCAGAAGAAAACUAAGCAUGAGUUACGAUACAAAUGCCCAAACGGUAGGGUUUAUAUUUCUCUCAGAACCGCCUGCAAAACCUGUAUUGAUCAAGGCGGCGCCGCCCUCGCCUUGCCUACCGUCACAGUUUCCGAACAUUCCCCACACCCUUCCGUAGGGGAAGGAAAAGAAACUGCGCCCUUCUUGAAAAAACCUGAUGACGACUCGGAAGACUCGGAAUGCGUUAAAUCACCAGCGCCGCCGCUGCGAAAUUUGGGCAACAUCAAAACCCCGCAAUCGCCUCCGCAGGCAGCGGCUGGAGGUACUUCACAGCGGCACCCACGAAUAGCCUUGUCUAAUUUGAUCGAUCAGAGCGUAGUGUCGCCGGGAGAUCGGGCGUAUUACAAAAUAUCAUCGAAGAACGAUCCAUUAAUGGCUUGGGGAUCGAUAACAAAUGAAGGCCUUAUUAAAUGCGAUUGUUGCUCUGAAGUGUUCUCUAUUAGCAAUUUUGAGGCUCACACAGGCAGUACAAAACGUAGGCCGGCGGCCAAUAUCUUUUUGGAAGAUGGGCGAUCCUUAUUGGACUGCCAAAUGCAAAUUGAUCAAAAUCAAAAUCAAAAUCAGAACGAGACAAAAUGUAAUGAUCAAAAGGUGAAUAAAACUACCACCACGCUCUGUAUGGACAAAAACGACAGCAUCUGUUCCAUUUGUCAUUUUGGGGGCGAGUUGAUCUUGUGCGUUAUGUGCCCUGCUGCUUUUCAUGGCGGCUGCCUCGGUUUCAAGGGCAUCCCACUUGGGAAUUGGGCCUGCCCAUCAUGCUGCUGCAAAAUUUGUGGCCAAGUUCCAUAUAAUUUCGAUGGGGUUUUUUCUGAUCAUCAACCCGAUGCCUCUUUGGUCAAAUGUGUUCAAUGUGAGCAGAAUGUUCAUAUUGGAUGUGUAAGGAGCGUUCAAUUUCUUGAAGAUGGUAACCCAAAUCAAACCAUGGAUAGAGAAAACUGGUUUUGCACCAAAAGAUGCGAGGAUAUCCACAUGGGUCUGCAGAAGCUUUUAUGGAAACGAAACCCAGUAGGUGUAGAACAGGGCAAUCUCACAUGGACAUUGAUGAAACAUACAGACACCAUGUCUGAGCAUCAGAGGAAGAGGCUGAACACUGCUCUUGGAGUAAUGCGUGGGGGGUUUCGGCCUUCGAAGGAUCCCAAUACGAACCACGAGCUGAUGGAAGAUGUUGUGUUCAGCAGAAGAUCAAACUUGAAGCGCUUGAACUUUGAAGGAUUCUACACAGUGAUUUUGGAGAGGAAAAACGCAGUAACAACAGUGGCAACAGUGAGAGUUUAUGGGGAGGAAGUGGCUGAAGUUCCUUUUGUUGUGACUCGAUUGAGACACCGGCGGCAUGGGAUGUGCCGCACAUUGAUGAACGAGCUGGAACGACAGCUGAUGAAAUUGGGAGUGAAGACACUGACACUGGCGGCUGUUGGUGAGGCGCUCAACAUUUGGAUUGACAGAUUUGGGUUCUCGAAGAUGACAUAUUGUGAGAGAUUAGAGCUUGCUAAGUACACAUUGUUGGGGUUUCAGCACACGGUGAGGUGCCAGAAGGAUUUAGAGAAGAGGAUUUCAAAUGAUGCGGAAUGGUGUCCAAUGAAGUGGCCGACACCAAGUGUUGAAGAGCCUGAUAUCUUUGAUCAUAUGUCUUUCGAUGAUUGGAGCUCCAUUUCAGAUGCAUUUGAUUGA